AAGUAACUGUUGUCAUGGAAACGUAUGAACACAAGCCUCCACAACAGCCAGUAGUACUGUAUGUUAUUUAGGUGUGAUUGAUCACGUUGUUAGCCAUGUUCGGAAUUCAGAUCAGAGAUGGAGAAUACACGAAAACUGUCUACGUAAUGAUCAGGGACCAGCGAUAUGGAGAGGCUAUUCAGGUGCUUAACAAUGUUUUACGAACAAAUUCCAAUUCAAGAGCUGGACUUUCAUUACUUGCAUACUGUUACUUCUAUACUCAAGAUUUUGUAAAUGCUGCAGAUUGCUAUGAGCAGCUGACAGCUCUUGUCCCUGAAGAAACAGAGUACAAAUUGUAUUAUGCUCAGUCUUUGUAUCAGGCCUGUCUGUAUGAGGAGGCUAUGAAAGUUACAUCUCAGAUAGAUGAUCCAGCAUAUACCACCAAGGUAAAUAAAUUAAAAGCUGCCAUAAAAUAUGGAGAAGAAGAUCUGGCUGGAGCAAAGGGUCUCGUGGACAGUGGUCCAGCUGAUGACCCUGAUACGGAAAUUAACCUUGGAUGUCUGCUAUAUAAGGAAGGAAGAUAUGAAGAUGCCUUGCAAAAAUUCACAUCAGCAGUACAGAUUUUGGGAUAUAACCCACACCUUUCAUACAACAUAGCUCUUUGCUAUUACAGGCUGAAAGAAUAUGCUCCAGCUUUAAAGCAUAUUUCUAAUGUUAUAGAAAGGGGUAUCACAGAACACCCAGAGUUGAGCAUUGGAAUGGCUACAGAAGGGAUUGAAGUACGAAGUGUGGGUAACACACUUACUCUCCAUGAAACAGCUCUCAUAGAGUCAUUUAAUCUUCGGGCGGCUAUCGAAUACCAGCACAAGAAAUAUGAAGCCGCUAGGGAAGCUUUAACUGAUAUGCCUCCAAGGUCUGAGGAAGAACUAGAUGCUGUUACACUCCAUAAUCAAGCACUGAUGAAUAUGGACACAAAGCCCACAGAAGGAUUUGAAAAGCUUCAGUUCUUAUUGCAACAAAACCCAUUUCCUCCUGAAACAUUUGGAAAUCUCUUGCUGCUUUAUUGUAAAUAUGAGUAUUUCGACCUGGCAGCUGAUGUUCUUGCAGAUAAUGCAAGCCUUACAUACAAAUAUCUCACUCCAUAUCUCUAUAGUUUCCUAGAUGCACUGAUAACACAACAAACCUCCCCUGAAGAGGCAUACAAAAAAUUUGAUGAUAUUGCAUCAAAACAUACAGAACAGCUCAGGAAAUUAACAAAGCAAGUGCAGGAGGCCAGACAAAAUCUUGAUGAUGAAUUUGUGAAAAGAGCUGUUGCAGAAUAUGAGGAUGCUUUGGACAGGUACAUACCAGUACUUAUGGCACAAGCUAAAAUUUACUGGGACAUGGAAAACUAUGCACAAGUUGAGAAAAUAUUUCGUAAGUCAGUGGAAUUUUGCAGUGAAAAUGAUACAUGGAAACUUAAUGUGGCUCAUGUAUUGUUCAUGCAGGAAAAUAAGUUCAAAGAAGCUACAGGAUUUUAUGAACCAAUUGUCAAGAAAUAUUUUGAUAGUAUUCUUAGUAUCAGUGCUGUAGUACUUGCAAAUUUAUGUGUGUCUUAUAUAAUGACAUCUCAAAAUGAAGAAGCUGAAGAAUUAAUGAGAAAAAUUGAAAAGGAAGAAGAGCAACUAUCAUUUGAAGACCCUGAUAAGAAGAUAUUUCACCUCUGCAUUGUCAACCUUGUCAUUGGUACACUGUAUUGUGCAAAAGGCAAUUAUGAAUUUGGAAUAUCACGUGUAAUUAAAAGUCUUGAACCUUAUAACAAGAAACUUGGCACUGACACUUGGUUUUAUGCUAAAAGAUGUUUCCUUUCCUUGAUUGAAAACUUGGCGAAGCACAUGAUUGUUGCCAAAGACUCUGUAUUCCAGGAGUGCAUACAAUUUUUGGAACACUGUGAAGUCUAUGGCAGAGAUGUUAAAACAGUGAUACUGCAGCCACUUGAAGAGCCUCACUUACAUCAGGGGAAAAAUACAGUGACAUAUGAAGCUCGACUCCUAAAGGCAUUGCUCCUAAGACUACAAAUGUAUUAGCCAAAUUGCAUGUUGGAGGAAUAUGCCAGGAAAGAAGAGUAAUAUAGCAACAGAAAAGAUCAUAACAUGUUCAGUGGAAUUACAAAAAGUCACUCUUUUGUUCUCACAGUAGUUUUUCAGGGAUACUUUGUCAAUGUAUAUCACUUGCUUAUGUAUUUUGUUGGAAAUUGACAAAUGUGAGAAGGAAGAUAAGAACUACGGUUCAGGCAUGAGAGAAAUAGGAAACCCACAGAAAGCAGAAAAAUUAUGUUUCUCGUAUUACCACUUUUUCACACUAAAAAUGUGUGACAAAAUUUGUUGGAGAUCUUAUCCUUUUUUCAGCAGUCUUGUAAUAGGUACUCCAUAAUUUGCCUCAAAAGCAACUCUCUUCACACCAGAAAUGGAAUUUUGGUAGUUAUUUUUUCAAACUGGAGAGCACACAGCUGGUCGUGUACAUGUACUAUUAUUAGUGGUGCUGUGGCUUUUAGUCUUAUUUAAGUAUAAGUAUUUAUUUAAUUACAACUAUUAAUUGUAUUUACAUUUAGUUAGAUAUUACUCUGCAAAUACAUGUA